UAACGCUAUAAUACAUCCAUGUGAUAUUACCCAGUACAUUUCCGUUGUUCUAUACGGAAGUGGAUUGAGUAGCAUAGAUUUGGAGUUUUCUCGAAAGGGGGAUGUCAACACCGACGUGGCAACCUUAAUCACAGCAGUAGUGGUGAUGAAACGCCUAAUCAUAACCGGCACUCUCCGGACCUGCUAGGACUGAUCUCUGCUCUCUGGAUGUGACCCUCCGGAUGAUAACAGAGACACCCGAGACAGCCAGAGAAGCAGCGAUGUCCGGCAGGUGAAAACUGCGUGAUUUGACCUGCUGAAAUGAGCGAGAGAGCCGAGAUGAAAGGGCCCGUAACCCGCAGGAGGAGGACCACCAUCACCGGCAGCGGACCGGUAAAACAAGCCAACGGGAGCAAGAGUCACGAUGCCGGGGAGAAACCUCCACAGAGCCCCGGCGCUGAAGCCAAAACAGACGAUGUGUCCAUGCAUCCGAGUAACGGGAAGCCGGACAGAGAGAUGGGGGUUUCGGGGCAGCAGCCCCCACACAGUCCGAGCAAAAAACAAAUGAGUGUUGUGGAGGAGUUUAACGAGAGACUCAGCUGUCACGUCCUCCAGGAGUCUCUCUUAAGUUCAGCCAGUGGCUACAGCAACUACAGAGGAAUCCUCAACUGGUGUGUUGUCAUGCUGGUGCUGAGCAAUGCACGCCUAUUCUUAGAGAACAUUAUUAAGUAUGGUAUCUUGGUCGAUCCUAUCCAAGUAGUGUCUCUCUUCUUGGAAGACCCCUAUAGCUGGCCAGCAGCUUGCCUCAUCAUUGCGUCUAAUGUGUUCAUCCUAGCAACCUUGUACACUGAGAGGCGCCUGGCUGUGGGUACCAUUUCUCAAAGGACAGGAGGGAUUCUUCACAUUGUUAACCUGACAUCCAUUUUGAUCUUCCCUGCAGCAACUGUACUCACUCUUACAUCCAUGACCCCAGUGGGCGGUAUACUCUCCCUAGGAGCCUACUCAAUUCUGUUUCUCAAGCUGUACUCCUACCAAGACACCAACAGGUGGUGUCGACAAAUCAGACAAAUGAAAGCCAAAAGACUAACACGAUCAUACUCGUGUCCAUCUCUUUUCUUCAUGCAGCUGUUGGUGGGGUUGAUACAGCAGUGGAUGGUUCCCACAAUACAGAACUCAAUGAAACCAUUCCAGGAAAUGGACUUUUCAAGGAUGGUCGAGCGCCUCUUAAAGUUAGCUGUCCCUAACCAUUUGAUAUGGUUAAUAUUCUUCUAUUGGUUUUUCCACUCCUGUUUGAACUUUGUGGCAGAGCUGCUGCAGUUUGGAGACAGACAGUUCUACAAAGACUGGUGGAACUCUGAGACUGUCACAUAUUUUUGGAGCAACUGGAAUAUCCCAGUUUACAAGUGGUGUCUGAGACACUUUUAUAAGCCAAUGUUGAGAAAUGGCGUCAACAAGUUUCUGGCACGAACCGCUGUCUUCCUGAUGUCUGCCUUCUUCCACGAGUACCUGGUGAGCGUUCCUCUGAAGAUGUUCAGACCGUGGGCCUUUAUGGGAAUGAUGGCUCAGGUUCCUCUGGCGUUGUUUGUGGGUCGUUUUCUUAACGGAAACUAUGGCAACGCCGCAGUGUGGAUCUCACUCAUCAUUGGCCAGCCUGUCGCUGUGUUGAUGUACGUCCAUGACUACUAUGUCAUUCAUUAUGGGAGCACGACAUAGCACACACACACACAGUUUCACAGUCACACACAUAAACAUGUACAAGUCAUGCUGAAUACUCGCACACAGACACACACACACACGCACACACAUACACAACCUGCAGGACUACUCAAGGAGUUCAAGUUGAGUAGGUUGAGUGGACUUUAUUAGAAAGUCCUGCUGAUAUGAAUCUGUCAGUGAAAGCAGAAGAAAAUAGUUUUUGCCUCGUGAAUUUUUGCACUAUAGAGAAAUGAACUCAGGAAAGUAUUCGUAGAACCUGAGAAGUGCUUGCUUUAAAGAGUAUUCCUCUUUUAUUAGGACAUUCCUUUGAAGUCAGGUCCAAAGUCUCCACCUGAUUUAAUAUCUAUAUCUAGCAUUGAAACGAUUCAACCUUAAACAAACAAGUAUUUAAUUUCUAAGGUGUCCCAAAGUUGCCAAAAUGGCUGAUUGAUAAUGUAUGAGCUCAAACUAAGGUUAAGUGCAAUAUAUAAAAUGAUAAGAGCACUUCGCUGCAUUCAAAAGUGGAAACACUGCUUGUAAGCAGACCCCCUUUUGUUCUGGAAUAUACGCAACAAAUGUGAACCACUGCCGAGAAAAACACAGAAGAGGAUCCUCAACAGAGCCUUGCUUUCAAAGGCAACAGGGGGAAGAUGAUGACAGAUAAGUAGCCAAUGCUUUAAAGGUGGGGUAGGUAAGUUUCAGAAACCGGCUCGAGUGCACUAAAAUUUGAAAGUACACAGCCAAAAAGAAUCCGCCCCUUCCUUCAGACUUCCU